AUGAAGCACUGGACUUCUCUUGUCAGCACCAUCUCGAUUGCCCUCCUCAUCCGGGGCGCCUCUGCGCAGAACAUCAUCCUGACCAACGACGAUGGAUGGGCUGUCGCCCAAAUCCGAGCUCAGCGAGACGCUCUCGUUGAUGCAGGUUUCAAUGUCGUCCUGUCAGCUCCUGCGGAUAAUAAGUCUGGGACGGGAUCCUCAACCGCGACGCCUCAGCCACUCUCUCAGCCGUGCGAGUUCAAUACCUGUGCCACAGGUUCCCCGGCAGAGGGCUUCAAUGCAAGUGACCCAACAUUGAACUACGUCAACUCCUUCCCGGUGGACGCAGUACGCUUUGGCAUCCAGACCCUAGCACCCGAAUUCUUCGGCUCCGCCCCCGAGUUCGUUGUGAGCGGUCCCAAUGUCGGGACUGUCCUAGACAACCUCGGAACCGUGACACAAAACUCCGGAACUGUCGGCGCAGCAUGCGAAGCCGCGAAAGAAGGCAUUCCUUCGGCCGCCUUCUCCGCUGCGACCGAUGCCCAGAUCUCCUUCACGACCCUCGCCUCAUCGCCCAACUCCCCCGACACGCUCUCCGCGCUCCUCUACGCUGAGCUGACCGCCAACUUCACUCGCACACUCCUCGGCCCCGCCGCGCGUCCGAUCCUUCCCUCUGGCGUCACCCUGAACGUGAACUACGCCGCGACGACGUUCUCUUCAUCCGGUGCGCCUAACGGCGACUGCGCGACUGCGAGCGACUUCCAGUGGGUCUUCACGCGCCUUCUCCCAAACUCUACUGCAGUCGAUGUCGAGACCUGCGGGAGCGAGAACCUGCCGGACGAAACGACCGUCGCGGAUUCCGGGUGCUUCGCCACCGUGACAGUCAUGAAUGCGACCACAAAGUCGGACGUAGAUGCGGACGUGCAGGCGCAGGUGUUGGAUCGGCUCACGCCGAGCGGCUUGCUGACGUGCUUUACUUAG